AUGGCUGGUCCCGGCCUAGCCACAUGGUGGACUUGGCUACCAGUGGCCGGCCUGAUAUUUCUCUGCGCUGCCGGUGUGUUCGUCAUACAGCAAAGAUUCAGGUCCGGCUUGAGGUCUAUCCCUGGGCCUUUUUUUGCCUCUUUCACUGAUCUCUGGCGUUUACUGGCCGUAUACAAUGGCAGAUUCGAGCUCGUUUCUCAAGCCCUGCAUGACAAGUAUGGCGACUUGGUUCGGGUAGGGCCAAACUGUGUCAGUGUGGGAGAUCCAAGGGAGAUCAGGCAGAUCUACGUGACAGAAAGAGCUCAACAGUCAGAUUAUUACCGAGUAGCCCAGCCUCUUGUCAAUGGCAGACCAGUCGCCUCACUCUUCAUGAUCACCGACGAGGACCAACACAAGACGGCAAAGCGACCGAUUGCUCACGCGUACGCCAUGACAAGCCUGCUGGAUUAUGAACCGUUUGUGGACAGCACUUCACGAACAUUAGUUGAACAAUUGGCAACCCAGUUUGCCGAUACUGGAAAGGUUUGCGACUUUGGUGAAUGGCUCCAGUGGUACGCAUUCGAUGUCAUUGGCGAAAUGACAUUCAGCAACAGGUUCGGCUUCCUUGAACAAUCCUGCGACGUCGGCAAUAUCAUCAAGACGCUGAACAAGUCUGGAGCUUACACGGCAAUCGUUGGGCAAAUGCCCUGGCUAGAUUUUCUGCUGGCCAAAAACCGGUUCUGGGGAUCAGCCUUCUCAAAAGACAAACUGGGAGUGUCACGGUUUGUCUUGAAGUUCUUGAAGCCUCGGAUCGACGAAGCAGAUCGGGACCGGACCGACUUCACGGCCAAGUUCAUCUCGGCCUCUGACAAAUACCAUGGUUCGAUACCGCAAUCGCAAUUGCUGGGCUGGUCACUCAGCAACGUCAACGCAGGAUCAGACACGAGUGCAAUCACUCUACGGGCAAUCUUUCAUUUUCUGCUCCUCAAUCCCUCUGCGAUGGCGAGGCUGAUGGCUGAACUCAAUUCGGCCGACUUGUCGCCCCUUCCGCAAUGGCGGGAGACAAGUAGUCUGCCAUAUCUAGGUGCCGUUAUCAAGGAAGCACUCCGUCUCCACACGCCGGUCGGCCUCAUCCUGGAGCGAAUAGUCCCCAAAGGCGGAGUCACUCUCUGCGGCCACUUCUUCCCCGAAGGCACCAUUGUCGGGUGCAAUCCAGCCGUCAUCCACAGGGACAAGCGGGUCUACGGCCGUCGAUACUCGGUGGAUGAGUAUCGUCCUGAGCGCUGGCUGGAGGCCGACGAGGAGGAAAAGGGCGAGAUGGAGAGAUGCUUCAUGGCCUUUGGGAGCGGCAAGAGGACCUGCAUCGGGAAGAAUAUCAGUCUGCUGGAAGUGCACAAGUUGGUGCCGCUUCUUUUGAAGCGCUUCAAGUUCCGACUCGUGGAUCCCGAGAAGAAAUUGACUAUCUGGAACACGUUCUUUGUCCAUCAGAAAGGUCUGGAGGUUUACAUUGAGACAGCCUGA